AUGAGUCAGGCAGCUCAUCAACAGCCUGAAGGAGGUCAUCACAAAGCAGAACAACGUGAUCGAGAGGAAGUACGAGCCCUCCGUGCGCAGAUCGAGAACCUCCAGAAAACCGCCGCCGAACCCAAGUCGUCGGCCGCGGUGGCAGUCAGCGGCAAUGAACGAACAACGGAAGUUACCACCAUCCACAACUACCGGAAAGUCCCCGGAUGCAUACGCAUCAGCACAGAGCGAGACCCAGAGAACGAAAAUAUGGAAGGCGACCGAUUCGCGAGAUGCCUACCACAGACAAAACCAACAAACACAUCAGAACAACCCUCCUAA